AUGUAUCUACUCUUUGUAGUCAUGUGUCUAUCCCAUCAUACUUUCUCGCGUGGGGCAACUACCAAUGCCACUAUCGCACUUCCAGGCUGCCCAAGUAAAUGCGGCAGCCUGACAGUGCCAUACCCGUUUGGCAUAGGAUCCGGUUCGGGUUGCUCUAUCGGUCCCUGGUUUGAUAUAACGUGCAACACGUCCUUUAAUCCCCCUAAAGCGUUCUUGCCGGCAGAUAUAUUUACAUACAAAGGGAACCUAAGUAUAGACCGAGUUGAGGUGGUGGACAUCUCCGACGAGCAUGUGAGGGUUAAAAACGCCGUGGCCUUCAAGUGUUAUGAUCAAACUGGUAACGUGACUAGCUUCAAACCCACUGGGAUUACAGCGGCGAACUCCUACUUUACAUUCUCGCAACUGAAUAAUCUGAUAGCCGUAGGAUGCGAUGACUAUGCGGUGAUCUCUCCGGUGGCAGGAAUCGAGUAUAAGAAUUUUACUGUUGGAUGUGUAUCUAUUUGCUCUGGUGUUCAAGAUGUUCCGGUUGGUUCAUGUUCAGGCAUAGGGUGUUGCACAACGAGCUUGCCCAAAGGUUUAACAACUUACUUAGCAAAUGUAUACACAAUCUAUGAUCACAUGGACGUGUGGUCUUUCGACAAAUGUGGCUACACUUUCGUUGGUGAACAUAGUGCCUUUACGUUUUCCGGGGCAUCGGAUUUCACGGAUCCCAAUUUUGUCGACCGGAUAGUUGAUACCGUUCCGGUGGUGCUUAAUUGGGUCGUUGGUAGCAAGAGUUGUGAUGAGUACAAAUACACAAGCGAUUAUUAUUGUCAAAACAAUAGUGUUUGUGUAGAUUUUGAGAGCGGAAAUGGAGGUUAUAGAUGCACUUGCAAAGAUGGUUAUCAAGGCAAUCCCUAUCUUUCUCCUGGUUGUCAUGAUAUCGACGAAUGCGCAGAUCCAAACAAAAAUCCUUGUAACGGGACUUGUACUAAUCUUCCAGGAAGUUAUAAGUGUUCGUGUCCUCGCGGAUAUGAAGGAGACGGGAGAAAGGAUGGGAAAGGUUGUACGGCCAGGAAUUCGAGUUCAUCAUACGUCCUCAAGUUGUCUCUUGGAAUGGGGUUUGGAUUCAUAUCUCUACUUAUGGGAAUUGGGUGGUUGUAUUUCAGCCAUCAGAGAAGAAAGAUUAUCAAAAUGAGGGAGAAGUUCUUUCUUAAAAAUGGUGGCAUGUUGUUGAAACAACAACUCGAUUCAAAUGCAGGUGGUGGUGUCAACCACUCGACUAAAAUUUUCACAACCGAAGAGCUCGAAAGAGCAACGGAAAACUUUUCCAACGAUAUGAUUCUUGGUCGCGGUGGCUAUGGGACUGUGUAUAAAGGGAUCUUGCCUAAUGGAAAUAUAGUCGCGAUAAAGAAAUCACGAGUUAUGGAUGAGAGUCAGAUUGAGCAGUUUAUUAAUGAGGUGGUCAUUCUUACUCAAAUCAAUCAUCGAAAUGUUGUAAAGCUUUUGGGUUGUUGCUUGGAGACUGAAGUCCCGUUGCUAGUUUACGAGUGUGUUUCUAACGGUACUCUCUUCCAUCAUAUCCACACUAAUGGUGGAAUGGCGUGGUUAUCUUGGGAUAAUCGUUUAAGAAUAGCUAUCGAGUCUGCUGGAGCACUUGCGUAUCUUCACUCCGCGGCAUCAAAGCCCAUUAUCCACCGCGAUGUGAAAUCCGCCAACAUAUUAUUAGAUGAUAACCUAGUCACCAAAAUUUCUGACUUUGGGGCUUCAAGGUUGAUACCCUUGGAUAAAGAACAAGUAACUACAUUGGUUCAAGGGACGUUAGGGUAUUUAGAUCCCGAAUACUUUCACACCAGUCAGUUAACAGAUAAGAGUGAUGUUUAUAGCUUUGGAGUCGUGCUUCUAGAGCUUUUGACGGGUAAGAAGCCACUUUGCAUGGAGCGAAGUCAAGUUGAAAGAAACUUAACCACCUAUUUCCUCAAUGCUUUGAGAACAGGAACCCUUUUUCAAAUUCUUGACCCCCGGGUUAUUAGAGAGGGCUCGUUCGAGCAACUCCAAGAAAUCGCUUCGCUUGUUAAGCGAUGUCUCGAUAUUCAUGGCUUUAACCGACCAACGAUGAAGGAAGUAGCUAUGGAACUCGAGCGAUUAAGAAGAUUCACCAGGCAACCAUGGGUUGACCAACAAGGUAGUCAAGUUGGUUUGGUUCAAAUGAAUGAGGGGGAAACUUCAGAUCUUUAUGGCGACUCGAUAAAUCCAUAUAUGGACUCAAUAGAGCUAUCAAGUCACUAUACUUCUGAUCAAGUUGUCUUGUUAUACGCUGCUAAUGAACCUAGAUGAUAUCCCAAUGUUGACUUGAUAAAUUUAUCUGUCUUUUUUCUUUAUAAAUGUCAAUAAGAAGUGUAUGCGUUCUAUUUUGCAUUUCUCAAUUUGAUUACACAAAUAAAGCAAAUAUCAUCUGAUAUA